CCCACAUAUAAGAAAUUGAUUCCCAACAAUAAACGAUCCUGAAACACGAAUUGCAACUACAUCUUGACUGUGGGCCCGACACUGUAGUUUUUCUACAACAUGCACAAGCUUUUCUGGUGGCCACUCCCCAGCUAGCGUACUUCGAAUAUUUGAUAAUGUUGUAAAUAUAUCAUUUGGCCCGACAGAUUCUUUUCCACAAAAACUGCAAUCAUAAAACAAAGGGAUAACUGUCAACUUUUCUUUCUGAUUAUUCACUUUUGCACAACAAUUAUAAGAAAAAAUGUUAUAUAAACUUACAGGUUUUACCCCAAAUUACAAUCCUAACAGAUUUUCCAAGAUAUUAUGGGCUCGAAUGUCAUAAGUUUGAUGUCUCAAUUUUACUCGGCAUUUACAUUAAGAAUAAAGAUACGCAGAGCUUCGGAGUCCAGUUGGGAAAUGGAAAACAUGCACAAUCAUUUGGUAAAUAGUCUGAGUUACCAGCCAAUUUGGACCACUUACAAUCUUAUUGGAAUGCUACUUGUUUCCCACUUUCCCACUUGGGCGGAGUGGGCAUCAUUUUUGGCUUGGCUUGGCUUGGCUCAAGACUUGAGGGAUGUCACUGCUAAUUUUGCUGAGAAGAUCGUGAAACUCAAGGACUCAAGUUGGACAACCAAUUGGUUCAACUGGCAGCUUGAAUGACUAUCAUACUACAGAUUAUGAAACAAGUGAAAUAUCUUUGGCUCAACAAACUCAGUUAACAUUCUUGCAAACACACUGCCAAGUUUUUGGAAAACCACAAGACCUUCCCCCAUCGUGGAUACAUGAAGGGUGGAAUAUCUCCAGUUAAUGUUAAGAUAUGGCAUAGUCAGAAAGACAAAGUUGAACGGUUAGUGGAAGAAAUUCUGACCACAGGUGUUAUACAACCUAGUUUCAGACCACUUUUUAAGCCCAUUUCUCUUGGUUGUGAAAAAGGAUGGGAGUUGGAAGUUUUGUGUUGACUACCAUGAAUUGAUCAAAGCUAUAGUACCGAAUAAAAAUGCCCAAUACCGGUCAUACAAGAGAUAUUGGAUGAGCUCUAUGCCAUUCAGAUUGAUUAACACGCCUGCAACCAAUAAGAAAUUAUGAACAGCAUCUUUUGUCCAUACCUUUGGUGAUUUGUCCUGGUAUUUUUUGAUGACAUACUUGCACUUUUUUGUUUUCUUACUUGUAUACUCCCUUUAUAUUUUAAAAG